AUGAGUGCCUUAAAAGAUCAAGAUCCCGAUUACGGGCCAUCCGCUGCAAGUAGUGAAAAACAUCAACGAAUUUACGAAGAAAAUGCACGAAGUAGCACUGCAAGGAAGAUAACUGCUAUUAUUGAAAGGGAAUUUUCUCAAGAAAUUAAUACAAAAGAAAAGGAAGUUUUAGAAAUACAAGAAAGAUUGCAUAGAGCAUCAAAGAUUCUUCACCUUUUGCGUUAUGUCAUUGUUGCUGAUUUUUACAAUCGCAAACAGUGUCAGAAUUCACAAAAUGGAGAAGCAAAGCAGACAGAAAUUCAUCCUGCAAUAAAACAGUUGAUUGGUAAAUCACCAAAGCUAUCUGAUAAUUUGAUUAUUCCUGCAUCAACAACAUCAAGCAGUGAAAAUUAUUUUUCUGCAUCAUCUAUUUCAAUAUUUCCAAUUAACACAAUUGAUUGUACUGCAGUAAAAACGGAAAAGUUAGAGGAAUCUUUUGAACAUUGCCGGUUACAGAAAAGAAGCAGUGAAACAGAUGAAGAAUCGCGUCCAAAGAAAAUUCCUCGAUAUAUUCCACCAAAAAGUGGACUCCCAGAGUCCCAAUGUCCAUCAAGAGGUAUCCGACAUAAAGUUAGAAAACGUAUAAUUAUUGGAAAUAUUUCAAAAUGGAUUCCUCCAGAAUGGAGAGAAGAUGCAGCUAGUCACAAGUGGACAAUGUAUGUCAGAGGGAAUAAAGAAAACCCUGAUAUUGACGACUUUGUUAGUAAAGUCAGAUUUUUUUUACAUCCAAGUUAUAGACCUAACGAUGUUGUUGAAGUUACAUCAGCACCGUUUUGUCUCUCGAGACGCGGUUGGGGUGAAUUUCCGUUAAGGGUUCAAUUACAUUUUAAAAGCGCUUUAAAUAAACCGAUGGAUAUAAUUCACCAUUUAAAGCUGGACCGCACUUAUACUGGUCUACAAACUCUAGGGUCCGAGACUCUGGUCGACAUAUGGAUUUACGCGGACCCUCGAAAUUCUAAGCGAAAUAUGGGCAAAAUUGUCGAUCAUGAUCUUAACAAGAGUGAAAAUGAUUGCAAGGUAAAACUAGAAAACGAUGAAGAUGUUACUUUUACGUCUGAUCUUAUGAGCAACAUCGUAAAUGAAACACUAGAAUUAACAGACAAGAAUUGUGACGGUAUAAUAAAAAAAGAAUUUCCAGAAGAUAUAAAAAUUAAUGAAGAUUUAAUAAAUGCGAAAAAAUUGCGAUUUUAUGUAGAACUUGAUCAUGAUUAUUGUGGUUCAAAGUACUUAAACGAUUCUGAAGGGAACUUGACCAUUGAUCAUUCGUUAACUACAUCCACAUUAAUUGAUUCAUCUUUCAAAGUGAAAGAUAGUCUGCAGGAAGAAGAUAAGGAAACAGUUACUAACAGUAAUAAUGUAGUAACAACUGAGCCUUUGACAAACGGAGAUUUGAAUAAUUUAAAGAUAGAUGAUGUAAUUAACAGAAGCGUACCUUCGUUAAAUGAAAUUAAUCGAAAUGCAUUGAAAGUACUUCCAUUGAGCUGUUCCAAAGUUCACUCAAACCUUCGUCCUUUAGAAAUCUCCAUUCCUCCAUUGUUUGAACCAUCUGGAAGCAAACAUGUGUUAGUUCUUCAAAAUAAUCAAACAAUUCCUGUGGAUAUUGCAGUUCCACGUACAGACGAUCACGCUCAUAGAUCUAAUAACGAUCCAAUGAAAUCGAAGAUGAAUUUGACUGCUUCUCGCGGCAUUAGUUUAUUGAAGAAACCUCCAGGUUCAGAGACUACCAUCCAGGUACGAAAUCUAAAUGGGACGAAGGCACAGCAAGGAUUAAAGCUUCAACUCUCUAAAAGUAUUCUUCUAAAUGUAAAUUCCAAUGAGCCGGUGUUGAAAAUAGCAGAGAAAAGAAAUUCGUCCAAUGAUUCUCUCUCUAACUUAGAGAAGGAGUCAAUUUCUGAACAGGCAUUGAAAGUGAACAAUCAGGAAUUGAAGGAGUUCAAGUUGUCACGCCAAAAGAUCACAUUAGGCAAAGAUAAGCACAAGCUUCAAAGUAAAAAGGAGUUUUACGAAGAAGUUUUCAAAGCAAUAGAGACUGCAAAUAUUUUAAAUAUUCAAGGCCUAUUGCGAUUUAUUGUUAGAAGAAUGCCUAUGGUGACUCCCGACGCUUCCGAUCCCGACUACAGACGUCUCCAUCCUUAUGCUUGUGCAAGUGAAGAAGAGUUUUUCAGCUAUACCAUUGCAAAACGAAAUGCCUGUGAAUGGAAUCGAGCAAAGAUGAUACAGUGUUUCCUGAAGAAAAAGCUAAUUGCGGAAGAAGAACUGUGGACUAUUAAGGAGAUAAUGAUUUGGGCACGAUUACAUGGUUAUACGCCUCUUUGCUCCGAUUUUACUAUUCGAUCAAUGAAACAGCAGAAAAGUUUACCUGAUUCUGCAAUAACCAAAGCUGUUUCUACAUGUACAGAGCCUGAAACUUUCUGCAAGUGGCUUCAAAUUUAUCCAGGUCGAUUAAACGAUCAUGUGUUUGAUUGUAAUGCGCAUCAAUCCACCGAGCUGAAUAUUGAGGUUGAUGUGGAAAGUAUCGGAGUUAUGCUAGAAAAUAAGAAAAUGCUAAAACUAGAAAAAGAGAAUAACGAAGUUGCGAAUACUAAAAUUAUGGUGUUAGAUCUUCAAAAAAAAUUAGUCCCAAUUUAUGAUUUUGUCUGUGAAACUGCCAGAGAAAUUGGUGUUAGAUUAAUUUCGGAAGAAAUUGUGCCCUCUGUUGUACAUUGCGCAGCUGGUCGAAUGAUAAUACGGGCUGUUGAAUGUCUCGUGGAAGAUUUGGUCAGAAUGUCUUUGGCAAAAGCUUGGGAAAGAUGCAGUGAGACUGGACAUCCAAAGGUAAUCGUUCUGGACGAUGUACGUGGAGCUCUUUUAAAUCGAGAAGAAUUUGACAUUUUUACAAAUCGAGGACUAGGUUCGAAAUACCGAUUGACAACAAUGGAUUAGUUCGAAAAUACAUAAAAAGUAAGGAGAUUUGAUCAUGACUGAAAAAAUAUUUACAUUAAAAAAAAAAGUUGCCAUAUUCAACAUUCAAGCAAUACAGAUCUGCUGCAAUAAUACGCUCCAAUACAGUUCCAAAAACGGAAU